AUGACCUUCAACACCAGCGGAGGAGACGCAUUCUGGGAUUUGGGAGACGACCAACGGCAACAGUUUCAGCAGUUCACCCACCAGAUGUCUUCAAAUCAGCAGCACAUGGCCUCAACUUCAGGCCACAGCAGUCCCCAGUCCUCUCACGGCGCCAUGCCCGCACAACGAAUCUGGCCUAUGCCCCUCGACAUGAGUUCCGGCGCCAUCGAGCACUCGAGCCCACCCGAGUCGCACCACCAGCAUCAUCACCAGCACCACUCGAGCUCGCCUGCGCAGAGCGCCUCGCCGCUGUCUCAGUCCUCGCCAUACCAGCAGCCCGGCAGCAUGCUCACCGACUUUGCCUUGCAACAGCACCUGCAACAGCACCAGCAGUCCACGCCCGACUUCUCAUCUUACAUCUCCGACCCUUUCAUGCCUGUGACCUACGACAGCUUUGCCUCCAACUUUGCGCCCAUCAACCCCAUCAGCUACCUGCCCGCAACAACCCAGCAAUUGCCCACCAACUUUUUGCAAGCGGCGGCGUUCAACUCCAUGCCGCCCAUGGACGACAGCGUCCCCGCCAUGACCUGGCCCAACCUUCCCAUGGACAACUGGCAAGAUCUUCAGGCUGCUGUGCCCCCCAUGCAACUUGGCUCCUUGCCGCACACUGUCGGCAGCAGUUCGCCCACCGGCACGUUUCUUGAGGUCCUGUCCCUGGCUAGCUCCAACGAGGGCAGCUGGAUCAUGGUUGGCGACCAGAACAACGCUGGCAGCUUCAACCAGUUCCAGCAGGCGCAGCAGAACGCCGCCAUUUUCAACCCUGGACAGACUCUGCACCUGAGGACAAAUUCUGACUCGUCAGACGGCGCCAACUCGUUCGAGCUCGGCAGUUACGAGGAGAUCCCGCCUUUCCCCAUCUCGAACUUUUCUCCCGGCUCCGACUCACGUGCGCGCAAGGGCGAGCCUUGCGGCGGUUGCCAGCCUUCCCACGCCCGCCUUUGGCAGGUUCCUUGCACUCGUAUUGACAUCAAGGAUAUCAACUACUUCCUCAAGGGCUGGAAGGUUGAUUACGAGCGCCACACUAGCCGCAAUGUCUCCGUCUUCAAUGUCAAGGGCUUCUCUCCGAACGAGACGUUGAUGUGGAUCACCCACGGCUACGGCUUCGCCCUGCCGGUCUACGUCCGCGAGGUCUAUGUCAACGACGAGAGCGUUUUCCAGGUUGACUGGGUUGAGUCUCAUCUCACCGACCAAGAACCUAUCGAGUUUGACAUUCGCACUGAUAGGCUGGAUGUCGGCGCCAAGGGCGUUUCCGUUGAUGCUCUGUCUGCCUACCUUGACAAGCACAUUGACGGGCCUUUCGAGGAGUUUAUUGACGACCACUUCGAGGGCACCCCCUUCAUCACUGAGAUUCUCAAGACUGCUCACCGCUUCUAUGUCAAGGAGAAGAUGCCCGUCAUUCGCAAGGCUCUCAAGCUCGUCCUCGCUUACAACCUGACAAUGCACAUCACCAUGAUCCAGCAGCAAGGUGACGAGGCCGGAAGCGACGGACAGAUCGAUGAUGAGGACUCCAAGUUCUACGGCCAGACCGUAGCCCCUGUCAUGGUCAACUUCCAGAUCAAGUGCGCCCUCGCCGAUAUGUGGCGUGAGCUGCAGCGUGACAUCCUCGAGGAGCUGUCGUCGCUCUACUCGAGCGUCUACAGUGGCGAGCGACUGAAGAACUGGCCCACCAUCUUCAUGCUCGCCUCGAUCCUGCUCGCCGUCUGGGAGGAGAUGCAGUUCGACUCUCACUACCGCAUGCCCGACCCUGCUGCCGUCAACAAGUUCUGUACGGACAUGGAGACGACGCCCGUUGGUGUCAUUGUCGGUCUCUUCCACGCCAUCUCACAAAAGCUCCCUGCCUUCACCGAGUGGGACACCGCCAAGCACGGCCACAUUCUCAACAACAACACGGCUGUCUGUGAGGCUAUGACUGAAGUCCGCGAGCACGUCCGCAAGCAUGAGGACUACCUCCGUGCUCGUCCGGAGUGCACCUUUGACAGGAAUGACUUCGACUGCCUGUCGAACAAAUUCCUGUCCAAGCUAGUGAUCCGCGCCAACUAGGCCGGAACCUGGCCGCACUCCGAAGAAACCCCUUUCGCAUAGUGCACAAAGUGUACAAUGCUCCUCUGAAGUCGUGGGGUCGACUCAUCUAAACUAUUUCCUUUGUUCUGAAUUUGUCUCCAGAGUCACAGCGACGGCGUUGCCACGAAGCAUACACGCAAGACGUGUACUGCAUUGAUUGCUUACGAGCUUUUUAGCCAUUCUUGGUCUUCUCUGCCUCCCAUCCCAUGGUUUGAUCUUCUCUUCUCGGCAUGCCACCGCAUGGAUGAUAUCUGACGAAUAUGUCACGGCCCUUUUUGACGAUUUACUCAUUUUACGAUCUUCUUCGACGAAUGUAUGACCAACGGCAGAGGCCAGCGGGAAAAGGGGGGAUGACGACCUCGCAUGCGGAAGGGCGGCCAGGGUUAUUUUUAACGUGCAUUAUUUUAUCAUGGGAACGAUGAUGGCCGGUACGACAGGUACGGAAGCGACGACAGAGCAUACACACAAUGAUGAUGAUAUGCAUGGGACUCUGGCGUUUGACACUCCUCGAGGGACCGCCCUUCAUGGACUUAUCGAAACUUAUUACUAGGCGGACGGGUUUAUAGCCAUGAAGGCUUCUGCCUAUGAUUGUAUUCAGGCAGCUUGCGUUUAUACUCAAAAGCAAUUUCUCCCGUCACCUCGACUGUAGCACGCAUAUGUCGCGUCUGCUGAUCAUGACUGCGCCGGUUCCGAUUUUGUGUGUGUUCUUGUCCAAGCAAUCGUUGUGACGAUGUCGUUAGGCCUCUCGACGGAGUGUCCCAACAGAUCCAGCCUCG